UGGGUGUUUGUGAUAAUCACCUAUCAAUGUAAUUCCACUGGCUUAGCUUUCUCUUUAGCUGGUAAACAAUCCGAAUGGAGAUAUAUCUCUUGCAAUCCCCCUAUCCUUGAUCUACACUUUUUCAAGGGAAAAAUAUAUACGAUACACACCAUGAGUCAGUUAUAUGAAUUCAGGCUUAAUCCAGUUCCUACCUUUAUCCCACAAAAAAUGAAGAAUUUCUCGCUGUUACACGUCAGAUAUAGGAACUUUAUAAGUUCAGGUGAAAAACUUUAUGUGAUGACUAAAGUAAAUAAUGAUUUUGAUACUCUUGAAGUUGAUUUUGAUGAAAUGAGAUGGGUGAAUUCGGAAAAGACAAUAGCAGAAUAUAAACUUUUUGUAAGUGACUUGAAGUGUGAUGCUGCUAUUAGGCCCGAUCCAUGGGCCCACCCUUGGACACAGUACGGGAGGAUUAAUCACGCUGAUUAUGGCAAUCAAAGUAAGGAGAAGGGCAAAUGUUUGACUACAUACAUGUGGUACUUCCCCCAUGAUUGCUUGAUUGAUAACAACGCUGAUACGGUGAAUGGUGCUUUGCUGAAUAUUCUUGACGAGUAGAGCAAGAAAGUGGGUAAUUCUUCAUCUGGUAGUUCAAGUAAAUGCAUGCGAAGAUGAAAAGAACAGUAAACAUAUUAGUUGUAAUGUGGGAAACUAGUUGAACUUGAAAGUUGUAAUUGCCUAAUUGUGAG